AAGAAGCAGACUAUACUUCACGUUGCAGUAAUGAACCGCAGUGAAAAUGUUUUUAACUUUGUUUGUGGAACCAGUUUGCUUAGGACUAAUUUAAUGGAUUAUCUGGACACAAAUUGUAAUAGCGUUUUGCAUUUGGCUGGGAAAUUGGCACCUCCGCACAAACUAAAUCUUGUUUCUGGUGCAGCUCUUCAAAUGCAACGAGAGCUGCAAUGGUUUAAGGAAGUGAAAAAAAUCACACCACCAUAUUUCUUGUCAUAUCUGAAUAAAGAUGGAAAAACUCCGAGUAUGGUGUUUACAGAGGAGCAUAAGGAGUUAAAAGAGGGAGGGGAGAAAUGGAUGAAAGACACAGCAAAUUCAUGCACAAUUGCAGCAGCCCUAAUUGUUACUGUAGUGUUUGCAGCAGCCAUUACAGUUCCUGGUGGCAACAGUGGUGAAAAUGGCCUCCCAAUCUUCUCAAACAACAAUGCUUUCACAGUAUUUUCCAUUUCAAAUGCUGCAUCUCUCUUCACAUCAGCCACUUCUCUGCUUGUGUUUUUGUCUAUCCUAACUUCGCGCUACGCAGAAGAAGACUUCCUAUAUGCUCUUCCAAAGAGAUUAAUCAUAGGCCUCUUCACCUUGUUUUUGUCCAUAAUAUUUAUGAUGAUUGCCUUCUCCGCCACAGUGUAUCUGGUAUUUGGGCAAAACAGAAGGGGAGUUCUUAUUAUAGUGGCUGCAUUUGCAUGUUUGCCGGUCACUUCAUUUGUGCUUCUUCAAUUCCCGCUGCUGGUAGAUUUGGUGUCAUCUACGUAUGGACGGGGUAUUUUCGAUCAGCGUGGCUUUCCCCAACUGCCAUUUUGACUUGCGGGCCACUCAUAAUUGGUUGAACACUUUGUAAUGCUUCAUUUCAUUCUAUAAUAUUCCAUUUGUUGCUUUGAAAA